AUGGGGCCAUCAACUGAGGCAGACGUCGACGUCGACGUCGACGCGCUCAUCGUGGGCGCCGGUCCUGUCGGGCUGAAUCUCGCGUACCAGCUGCGCCGGUUCUCUUCGCCACCAAUCUCGCCCAACGCGGACUCACGACCGAUCUCAGUCCACAUCAUCGAAGCCCAUCCGAAGCCCGUGCAGGAGAGUUUCGGGCGAGCCGUGACCUUCUGGCCUCGGUCUAUGGAAAUUCUCUCACAGAUGGGUCUGGCCGACCAGAUUACACAACAAUGUGUUGCCGUGCGCUCAUCUGCCGCCUACAAUACCAAGGGCGAAGAGGUGUUUGGUCGAGGAUGGAGUUUCCUCGAGGGAAUCGAAGACACGAGGUUCAAAUUCGCGAGUGUGCUGAGACAGAAAUUCGUCGAGGAUAUCUUUCGAGCCGAGCUGGCCAAGCUGGGAGUCAAAGUGAGCGAGAUGUGCAAGUUUGUGGGUUUGACCGUCGACGAGAGUGUGGAAGUCGGUGGCAAAGGGAGGGUCAAGGCGAAGGUGCUUGACAGCAGUGCCGGCGCCGGCAAGGAGAGGGAGUAUACGGUCAAAUGUCGGUACCUGAUCGGCUGUGAUGGGUCAAGGACGUUGGUUCGAGGAGCAGCCGGGAUCGAGUCGGAUGGAGAUCGCACAGAGGACAAGUGGGUCAGGAUCGACGGGGUGUUGAAGAGCACCACGAUGCCGAAACCGAGAUCCUACGGCGCCAUUGAGAGUCCGUUGUACGGGAAUGUGCUCUGGAUCCCCCUCGAUCACGGCGCCACCAGGAUUGGAUUUGCUUUGAACGAGGAGAGGAGGAAACUGUAUGGGGAACUGGAUCAGGCAGUGUUUAUCCAGGAAGCGAAGCUCUCGGUCAAGCCAUUCGAUAUUGAAUAUGAGCGGGUGGACUGGGCAAGCGUCUACAGUGUCGGCCAGCGUGUCGCGAGGAAGUUCUGGGCAAAAGAGUCGGUAUUCCUUGCUGGCGAUGCAGCGCACAGUCACAGCUCAGGCGCCGGACAGGGCAUGAAUGCUGGCAUGCAUGAUGCUGUAAAUCUGGGUUGGAAGCUUGCCCUUGUGUUGACAGGAGUGCUAAAGCGGGAAGUCCUCGAGACUUACGAUCUGGAAAGGCAACCCAACGCCAAGAAGCUCAUCAAGUAUGAUGAAGACAUCAGCGUUCUUGUCUCGGGCAGGCUGCCGAAGGAUUGGCAUGGAGAUCGAACAGAAGAUCCGAAUGUCGUCCUGGGGAGGAUACUUCAAGAGGCGAAGGGUUUCAACACCGGCUUGACAAUCGGGUUCGAGCCGAAUGUCGCAGUCAUGAGAGAUGAUAGCGGCGAUGAUGCAAGUCUCGUGGCCAAGAGAUCGAUCAUCCCGGCUCCAGCCAUCGCAGGUUAUCGAGCGCCAGAUAUCCAAGUGUUGACCCCAGCACUAUGGGAACACGCCUGGCUGCAUACGCUCAUGACGAACUAUGCAAGGUUCUAUAUCCUCGUCUUCAUGGGCCGAUCAAAGGCAGCGAAAGAAGCUUUUGCGAAGAUGAAGCAAGAUGUGCAGGAAAAUGCUCAUCUGAAGCCUGAGAGGGUUCCGGGGACGGCAGCAACUUCGAACGGUGUUCAUGUCAAUGGAUCGUCAAGCUCACAGGCUCACAAAUGGCCGGUGGACUUCCUGACCAUCCUCCCCGAGAAAGUCGGCAAUGCCUGGUUCGAGCUGGGGACUGAUCCUUUGGGUAAGGUCUAUUACGACGUGGAUGGCGGCGCUGCAUAUAAGAGGUACGGCGUCGAUGUCGAUUCAGGGGCUGUCUUCGUGGUAAGGCCGGACGGAUGGAUUGGUGCUCGUGUGGCACUGGAGUCCAGGAGCCUCGUUAAGGACAUCGACGCGUACCUUGGCGGACUGCUCCGUCGGUAG